AUGACCUAUAAGGGAACCCUAAAGUAUGUGAAUGUUCUCCAAGACAUUGUCGAGGGGUAUAACRAUCGAUAUCACUCUAGCAUCAAAACCAAACCUCGUUUAGUCAAUCGAGAAAACGAAGAUCACAUAUGGCAUGUGCUUUAUGAUCGUGAUUUAAUAGAUGGUAAGACGAAGUUUGCGUUCCAURUAGGAGAUAAGGUUAGGAUUUCUAAAGCGAGAAGAACGUUCGAUAAAGGCUACCUUCCUCAGUACACCGAUGAGAUUUUCACGAUUUCUAAACGUAUUGCUCGCACACCGCCUGUGUAUAAGUUAAAAGAAGCCAAUGGAGAUGAGAUCAUUGGUUCGUUUUACGAAUUUGAACUCGCAAAGGUUAUUAAGGAUGACGAUGUGUAUGAAAUAGACAAGAUCUUGAAAACGAGAGGGCGGGGUGCUAAGAAGGAAAUUCUUGUGUCUUGGAAAGGUUAUCCAGCGAGCUACGAUUCAUGGAUACUAGCAAAUCWAAUCGAGAACAAGAAAGUAUAA